AUCAGAUUCCCUUUGCCAUUUAUUACCCUCCAAAAACCACAGCUCUCUCUUAAUCUCAAACACCCAAAAUUCUGUAUUUUUAAUUCCACAUUUUGUUCUCAUUCUCCAUGGACUCCUUCAAAACUUCAUUACUUUAAUCCUCUUUGGUUUCACUGUUUCACCAUCUCAAUAAAAAUGGCAUUUCCCCCCACUUUUUCCCUUCUCCCCAAGUUUCAGUUUCUCACUGCUCUCUCUCUCUCUCUCUCUCUCUCCCUCCCUUAAGUGGGGACUGAACAGCAAAAGAAAGAUUCCCCCCUCUCUCCAUCUCCACAUUAAGCUUUGGAAUGAAAAAUGAACUAAAACCUCCAUUUUAAACUACCCCAUUUCCAGUUUUCUUCAGAUUAAACCAAAACCCAUUUUUCGAGUCCAACCCAAUCGUCCAAUGAUGCAUUAAAGACGAGACCCCAGAUGGGUUUUUACUCCAAACCCUUCUUCUUCUUCUUCUUCUUCUUCUUCUUCUCUUUCUUCCUCUUUGUCGCUUGUUUGGUUGAAUCUGGUUCUGAUUACACUACAUUGGUCUACAAGGGCUGUGCUAAACAAGGAUUCUCAGAUCCAAAUGGCGUUUACUCACAAGCUUUGGCUGCUCUGUUUGGUUCUUUAGUUUCACAAUCUGCCAAAGGCUCAAAGUUCUUCAAAACCACCUCCGGCACCACCCAGACCGCCAUCACCGGUCUCUUCCAAUGCCGAGGGGAUCUCAGCAACUCCGAUUGCUAUAACUGUGUAAGUAAGCUUCCUCAAUUGGCUGAUAGUCUUUGUGGCAGAACUAUUGCCGCUAGAGUUAAGCUCUCAGGGUGUUAUUUGCUGUACGAGUUUCCUGGGUUUGUUCAGAUUUCAGGGUUUGAGAUGUUGUAUAAAACUUGUGGUGCUACGAACAUUGCUGGAAGUGGGUUUGAGGAGAGGAGGGAUACGGGUUUGUCUGUGUUGGAGAAUGGAGUAGUGAGUGGCCAUGGAUUCUACACUACUAACUAUCAAUCUCUAUAUGUAUUGGCACAAUGUGAAGGAGAUUUAGGGGAUUCAGAUUGUGGUGAGUGUGUGAAACAUGCUGUGCAGAAAGCUCAGGUUGAAUGCGGAAGCUCAAUUUCAGGGCAAGUUUAUUUGCAUAAAUGCUUCAUCAGUUAUAGUUAUUACCCAAAUGGGGUUCCAAAGAGAUCUUCCUCUCCUUCUACUUCUUCUUCAUCAUACUCUUCAUCACCAUCAGGGAUGGGGCAAAACACAGGAAAGACAGUGGCUGUGAUAUUAGGAGGGGCAGCAGGAGUGGGAUUUCUUGUCAUUUGCUUGCUUUUCAUUAGAAAUUUGAAGAAGAAACAUGAUGAUUAUUGAUACAGGGGAAGACUGAAUGUUCUUCUGUUGAGGUAAAAAACAAAAUAGUCUCCUUUUACUUUGUUUUAUAAAAAGGAUGGGUUCAUGUGGGGUGUGGGAUUUUUUUGGGUUGACAAAGACUGUUCUUAGCAAUGGGGUCAGACAUUUUUUAUGAGAAGAAGAGAAGGGAUGAGUGCAUGGAAGGAAGGGGAAGGUAUUUUUCUUCACAAAAGUGAAAGAUACAAAAUAGAAAAAGGAAAAAAGAAAAAUCAAAACUGAAGGAGAAGAGAAGAAUGUGGGGAUGAUUGGUUUUUCUUUUUUCUUUUUUGUCUUGGCGUAAAAUGAAGCAAAUGAUCCUUUGAUUUUGUUAUCUUAUUAUUAUUUUUUUAAAACUAUAAAAAAAGAUAUAUUAUUAUUUAUGGCUUUCUCUUAAGCCAUGUGGGUGUU